AUGCCCCGUUCCUUCUUGGUGAAGAAGAUCAAAGCAGAUGCCUUCCAGUGUAGCAGCGUCCCAGCUCCCAGCUACCACCCCCUGGGAUCCGCAUAUGUGCUGCCGGGCUCCAGGGGGGCAGCCGGACCCGCCGGGGACAGCGGCUAUGCUCCGCACUGCCUUCCGCCCCCCAGCUAUGACAGCGAAAAGAAACCGGGGCUGGAACUGGCGCCGUCGGAAGCUGCGUACCCACCAGCUACUGAAGAGUACAGCGACCCCGAGAGCCCGCAGUCGAGCCUGUCGGCGCGCUACUUCCGAGGGGAGGCAGCGGUGACGGACAGCUACUCCAUGGAUGCCUUCUUCAUCUCUGACGGGCGCUCCCGGAGGCGCGGGGCUGGGGAUGCCCGGGGGGCGGGAGGCGGGAGCGGGCCUGGGGGAACCGGGGGUGGAAGUGGGGGGCACCGACACUCGUGCGGUGAGUGCGGCAAGACGUACGCCACGUCGUCCAACCUGAGCCGGCACAAGCAGACCCACCGCAGCCUGGACAGCAAGCUGGCGCGCAAGUGUCCGACGUGCGGCAAGGCCUACGUAUCCAUGCCGGCUCUGGCCAUGCACGUGCUCACGCACAACUUGCGCCACAAAUGCGGUGUCUGCGGCAAGGCGUUCUCCCGGCCCUGGCUGCUGCAGGGCCACAUGCGCUCGCACACUGGCGAGAAGCCCUUCGGCUGCUCGCAUUGUGGCAAAGCGUUCGCCGACCGCUCUAACCUGAGAGCGCACAUGCAAACGCACUCGGCCUUCAAGCAUUAUAAGUGCCGCCAGUGCGAGAAGACCUUUGCGCUUAAGUCCUACCUCAACAAGCACUGCGAAGCCGCCUGCUUCAAAGGCGCCGAACAUGCUUGCACCGCCUCCACCACCGCUCUGGACAACUAA